CAUCAACUUGAGUAUGCAGAGAUCCUCAUCUACCGAACCCGACCAAGCCAGUCACAACAUGCUCGUAGAUUACAGCAUAUCUUCCACAUAUAAACGUAAGCUGACAGUAUUAUCUAAUGCAGCCCUACAUACUCCCAAUCUUGCCUUAUGUUCAAUCUCAAACCCCAAAAUAUGAAUCUAGCACCUGCACUUCCUAAUCCUAGGUACAUGUGGGGCUCUCCAGCACACCUCUUCACCCCCGCAUCCAGCCUCUUCCCGUCCACCAAUACCCUUUCUCCAAUCGCCCUACCCAGGUGCCUCGCUUCCCCAACUUUCAAUCAAAACAAGGGGAAUGGGAAUUCCCGUCCUUGGCCAAUAGUUGGGGUAAAGCAACGCUACGCUCUGCAACGCUGUAGAUGCAUUGAGGCCCGAUGCGACAUCAGGAUAAGGCACAUCCAGGAUGGUAAACAUGCAGCAUCGGACAUGUACCUUGUCCUGGAUAUCAGGGGUUUACCCCACAAAUGAGAGAGAGACAGACAUUGGACUUUCACGUAUAAGAUACAUGAAGGGGGCGAGAUCGACAGAGAUGGAACGCCAGUAAGAAUUCGCAUCUGCAAUUGCAUCUCUCACCUCCGUCCUUCUCUUCAUCAUAUUGAACUUCCAACUCUUCUCUCCACAUCACAUCAACGCAUCUCUCUCUACAGAAGGAAACCGCUCACAAUGGGCACCGGCUUCAUACUCGAAGAUAACCACCUCCCUCGCGUACCAGGGACCAUCAUUCUCGAGGAAGAACAAGCGCACUCUGAGAAUGUGACUGGAAAUCUCAAGCAUGGCACUGGCAAGCAUUCUCAUGUCGUGCUCACGCCCCAGCCUUCAGAUGACCCGAAUGAUCCUCUCAACGUAAGUCGUCAAAUGCAUCGUUGGAGAGAACUACCUCAUUGACUUCAAAAACAGUGGUCCACAGCCCGCAAACUGUCAAUCAUGCUGAUAACCGGCUUCGGCACCAUUCUCUACGGAUCAACAUUUGGUCCUCUCUUGAACGCCUCCCUGAUCGUGAUCUCGGUCGAUCUCAACGUCACCAUAACAGAUAUCACACUUCUCUCCGGCUAUCAAAUCCUUGUCGUUGGCUGCACUGCUCCCUUCGUCUCAGCACUAUCCCGCAAAUUUGGGAAACGAGGACUCUUCGUACUAUCCUCCAUCUCCGCAGUAAUCGGCAACAUCAUCGGCUCCACGUCAAAAGAUUACAACCAAUUGCUCGCCGCACGAAUCAUCCAAGGCCUCAGCGUCAGCACCUACGAAUCCCUCCUACUUGUCGUAAUCGGUGAUCUCUUCUUCGUGCACCAGCGCGGAAUCUACAUGUCCAUCGUCUCCUUCCUCCUCGCCGCAAUAUCCAACCUCGCAUCCGUAGUCUGCGGACCCAUCACCACAAACCUCGGCUGGAAAUACCUGUUCCACAUCUUCGUCGCGAUAUCAGCCGGUCAGACCAUCUUGCAGAUUCUGUUCGUGCCGGAGACGACGUAUAUCCGUUCGAGGAAGUAUGAGAUCGAUGAGUUGGCGACAGGGUAUGAAGAGGGUGAGUUGGAGAAAGGACCGAGUCCGAGGGCGCAGGAGUUGGAGAAUAGUGUUACGAGACAAUCGAUCAUACCGCCGAAGAAGACGUUCUUGCAGAAUAUGAGGCUGUUUAAUGGGACGUACUCGGAUGAGAAUUUCCUGCAGCUCGUCAUUGCGCCGUUUGCGGUGUGUUCGAAUCUCUCAGUGCUGUAUAUCGUUAUCGUGCAGGGCUGGUUCGUGUGUCUGUUUGUGGCCAUCGCUUUUGUCAUUGCGCAAAUCUUUGGACUGCCGCCGUAUCUGCUUACGCCGAGUGGGAUUGGGUACUUGUCCUUGGGGCCGUUUGUUGGUGGUGUGAUUGCACUGCUACUUUUUGGUGCCAUCACCGAUCCGCUCAUCAUGUUCAUGACACGCCGGAACAAAGGCGUCUACGAGCCGGAAUACAGAUUGCUCAUUGGAGUUCUUGGACUCACGAGCGGUGCUGGACUGUUUGGGUACGGCUAUGUCACGCAGAAUGCAGGCAGUCCAUAUGUUGCCGCGACACUUCACGGCAUCGUGCUGUUCGGAGUCAUGGCUGAGCUGGUCUCUACGUCUGCUUACGCUCUGGACGCAUACCGCGAUAUGAGCAAUGAGAUCUUCAUCAUGGGCAUGCUUGUCAAGAACUUCUUGCUAUACGCAUUCACGUACUUCAUCAACGAUUGGCUUGCCCGCUCUGGGCCACAGGAGGUCUUCUUUAUCUUUGGAGGUACAGGAUUUGGUAUCAUGGCUGGAAUGCCCCUCAUGUAUGUUUUUGGGAAGAAGUACAGGAGCUUUUGGCACAGACAUAAUUUGUUAGAGAAGUGGGGAAUCAGGACUCAUGCUGAGUAGGCGACGACGAGCACUUGUUCGCCCUUUCUCUUUCAGUGGUGGACAUCGAAAUGUAAAUACUUGAAUUUCAAAAAUUAUCCAACCUACUUUUGAUAUUGCUGCUUUGCAAGUGCGUAACUU